CGAAGAAGGUUCAGAGGAACCUUUGGUAAGAGUAUGUUGUUCUACCCGGAUUAUUUUGUGAGACGGGAGACAUGUUUGUUUUGCUUUCAGUCACCCUGUGUUUCCUUGGUUACCUUAUUUGUAUAAAACUGAUAUAUAAUAGAUUUAAGCUGCUAUGGCCGUCGUCACGGAGUAACAUUUUACGUUCUUCGAGUCCUGCUAAAGAUGUAAACUUUCUGCCGUCACGUGAUCCGUCUGAUUCGCCGUGCAGGACUUGCGGUAAUGCCGCGCGCCCGUUUGAUGAAGUGCGGGUUCUGCUCGUCACCGCGCAUCCUGAUGACGAAUGCAUGUUUUUUGCACCAGCGCUUUUAAAACUGACCGAAUCAAAUGCAGCCGUUCACUUGCUGUGCUUGUCAUCAGGGAAUUACUACAAUCAAGGGGCCCAGCGUAAAGAGGAACUGCUUGGCAGCUGUGCUGUUUUAGGAAUUCCAGCUCACCGAGUCACUGUUAUUGACAACAAAGAGUUGCAGGAUGACCCAAAGACUGAGUGGAGCAUUGCGCUGACCGCAUCACUGAUCCUUAAACACAUCACAGCUUAUUCCAUUAACCUGGUGCUGACAUUUGAUGAGGGAGGAGUGAGCGGGCAUGCCAAUCACAUCUCCAUUUACAAAGCGUUCAGUCAUCUAGCAUUUGUUGGGAGAAUACCUGAAGAUUGCCAGGUCCUCUCCCUACAGACGAUUAGCAUCCUCAGGAAGUAUCUGUCUAUCUUUGAGCUGCCAAUCAGCUGGCUCUUACCCUCGGCUUUCUGCUGCAUCAUAGGACCAAACGAAUACAAAAAAGCUAAGGAGGCCAUGUUUCAUCACAGCUCACAGCUCCUCUGGUUCAGACGCCUCUACAUAUUGUUCUCACGCUACAUGUUUGUCAACACCUUUCGAGUCGUGCCCGUAGAGAAAAAUGAUGUGAAGUUCUACUAGAAGGAAUGCUCUCUAAUGAAGAGCACUGUGACUGUCCAAAGUAAAGCACUGAUUUUUUUUUUUUUUCCUUUUCAAUUUAAUGAUUAUAAGAAAUGCCCUGCACACACGCACACAGCUCAAUCUACUGGAAUAUAGCUUUAUUUUUUU